AUGACAACUGUUUGGCCAAAGGAACUCCAUACCAAAGCUGAAGUUGUUUUGUACAGCGCGCUAUGUGAUUUUUAUCAGGGGUUUACAAUGUUUUCUAAGGGUGAACAUAAUGAUGCUGUCACAAUCACCAAAACUAGUCAAACGUAUAUGGUUGCUUUUCAAAAUGUUCAUAUCGCUCAUAGGGCUAUUGCUGUGAUGGUUGGUGACGAUCGUGUUGUUUUAGAUCAGUUCUUCCCAGACUCUCCCGCUAUGAGUACCAACGCUGUCAUUAGUUUCAAACAGUAUUUUGGUACAGAUUUCUCUUUCCCAGUAAAGACUACAGAUUGCGUGAUGCAUAAGGAUAAGAAGCUAGCUAUUUGGAAUUUAACACCAUUUCAAAGACGAGCUGCCAGUCUAGGACAAUUUUGGUUUAAGAAACAAAUGUCCAAAAAGAAGGAUGCAUUGAUCUAUAUGCGUAAAUUGGAUAAAGAUUAUGGUGAUGGUAAAACAAAUCUACCUAGUCACAAAUAUGUUGUUGAAGGUGAUGAUAGACAAGUUGAGAAGUUUAGAACGAGACAAUAUCAAUCUGAAGCUUUUAUUGCAGAAAUAUAUGGGAGAUUGUUUCGUUAUUAUACUUUAUCCGGUAAAAUAGGUGGAAAUCAAGAUGUCAAUAACAAAGCUCCAGGCUCUAACCAAGAUGAUAGUGAUGAUUGUUAUUCAUGUGAUGAAUGGUUUGGUGACAAACUUUCAAAUGGUGCUUUACAAUCCAGUAAUCUUGAUAAAGGGGUUGCUUCGAAGUUGAAUUAUCCUGAUAUACCAACUGGUGGUUACAGUUCUCUUAUGUUUGGUAGAGUAUCAAAUUCCCCAUUUGGUAGAUAUUUGACAUAUUAA